CACCGCCGCGUAGUCUUCACCCAGCAGCACACAGCCUGAUAGCCGCCGCCGUUUCUUAUCUUCGUCGCAGCGCCGGCGCUCCAUCUGCUGCUCCCUCCCCCACUCGCGCUCGGCAUGAAGGCGACGCUCCAUCCCCAACUCGCGCUCGGUAUGAAGGCGACGGAGACGGCGCUCGGGCUCGGGCUCUCAGCGACGGCGGGGCAGUCCCAGGCUCAGCGGCGGCGUCAGCGGCUCCUCCCGCCUCUCGCCAGUCGCCUCGCGACCUCACCUCCGUCCUCAGCACACCGGCCGGCGACACUGCGUUGUCUGUUUCUUGGUCCUCCCAAGUCAUGCUGUUCUAUCUCAGCCUUUGGUGGUGUGGCAGCGGUUUCUGAUGAUUUUGUAGAAAGCUCGCCAUCAAGCAGUGGAUAUCUGAAUAGUGCUAUGGAUGCUUCAUCUCAUGAAGAUAAUCAAUCAGAAAGGGCUGUUAAGAUGAACCAAAACUCCAGAGACAAUAAAAUGAUUAAAAUAUGUGAUAAGUUAAUUGGUGUAUUCCUGGUGGAUAAACCUACACCAAUGGAUUGGAGAAAAUUACUAGCUUUUAGCAGGGAAUGGGACAACAUAAGGCCUCAUUUCUUUAAACGCUGCCAGGAAAAAGCAGAUACAGAGCUGAACCCUGAGAUGAAGCACAAUCUUCUCAGACUUGGUAGAAAACUUAAAGAGAUUGAUGAGGACGUACAGAGGCAUAAUGAACUUCUUGAAGUAGUAAAAUCCACACCAUCAGACGAACUUGGUUCUAUUGUUGCUAAGAGGCGUAAAGAUUUCACAGUGGAAUUCUUCAAUCACCUUUACUAUGUUGCAGAGUCUUAUCAUGAUGAACCUGAAAAGCAAACUGAGUUGGCGAAGCUUGGAAAUGAUUGUGUAGAUGCUCUACAAGCUCAUGAUGAUACAACAGGGAGCCUUGAAGCUUUGAAUGCUGCAGAACUGAAGUUAAAAGAUAUACUUAAUUCACCUUCAGUGGAUGCUGCUUGCAGAAAGAUUGAUGACUUGGCUGAGAAGAAAGAACUGGAUUCUGCAUUAGUGUUGAUGCUUUCAAAAGCUUGGUCAGCUGCAAAGGGCACUGACAUCACAAAAUCUGAGGCAAAGGAUAUAAUGUUUCACCUAUAUAUGACUGCGGUGGCCAAUCUCCAGAGACAAAUGCCGAAGGAUAUCAGAAUACUGAAGCAUCUUAUAAUGAUAGAGGAUCCAGAAGAACGGUUAAGUGCACUUAAUGAUGCUUUUACUCCUGGUCCUGAACUUCAAGGGGACAAUGUUGAUACAUUAUACACGAGUCCAGAUGCGAUGCACACUUGGGCAAGAGCUAUAGUUGAUGCAUAUUAUAAUAGCAGAGAAGGCACUCUCCUUGGGCAAGCAAGAGACAUGAUGAAUCCUAAAGUCAUUAAGAGAGUCGAAGAGAUAGUGAAGAUAAUCAAGGACAAAUACCUUUAAGUUUUGGUCAUCAUAAAAUUGGGGUUUAACAUUUCUACUUACUGUGUAAGUCUUGUGCCAUGACCUUAGGAUGAUGGUCUUUUACAGACUGCUCCCUGCAAAACUACUGCCAUCAUUCCAGUUGAACUCUGAUCGCAAAACAUUCCAGUUGAACUCUUCACCGCUGCCGAAACAAUCAGUGGUUCAUAGAUUAAGGGGAAUGCAAGUUGUUGUAACUCAUUACAGUGAAAAGGUGAUUGUAGCAUGUAGUAUCAGUUAGAUAUUAGGGGAGUACUAGUAGCUGUCUUAACUGCUAACAGUGUUGUAACUGUACUAGUAUAGAACCAGGAGUCAUAUGUAUGUGCCCAAAUAUUCUUGUGAUGAGCUAGUGAUCUCAACAACUGUACGGUUGAUGCUGAUUCAAACCAUUUAAGACUUGUUUCAGGAAGCCAAAUGUUUCUGGACAUAUUUGAGCUGAAUAAUGUCAUAAUACCUUGCUUUUGCUGA